AUGGCUACGAGUGUUGAUGAAAACUUCCACCAAAUAUGGGCAAUCCCGUCAGCUCUAAAUCUAAAAAACAAAACGCUGAAUUCUCCAACCAUCAAUCCGCUAAGAAAUGGUACAGCUUCUCAGUAUAAACCGCCAGCAUCUAUUCUCCUACCAAAUAGGGACUAUAACAAUGAAUUCAAGUCUACAAAUUCAGUUUUGCCAGAUGCGCCAAAAAACCCAGUUCUAGACGAACAGACAGACGAAAUCGUCAAGUAUAUCCGCAAACCAGAUCCACUAGCGAUUCGAACACGCGAGAGAAGCAUUUCAAACCUUUCCUUGCUAACCCCGCUCAAUUCUACAUAUAUUCCAGAGUCACCUGGCUUGCGUCCGGACCGAAUUGAUAGAAGUCUAUUCGAAGGUUCAUCCAUGUUAGAACCGCGGUUAGUAAGAAGCUUCAAGAAGUGCAAGGCUCCAAAAUUGUUACCCGAUACAGCAGCCCUUAACCUAGCAAUCUUGGGAAAGCCGUUACCUGGCUACGACAUUGUCCCCUUGCGAGAGUCAGACAAUAUUUCCAAUAGAACCUUAGACACAGACGAUAAUUGUGAGAAGAAAUGUCUUGCAAUCCUUUAUUCAGAGCUAAAUGGUGGCGACCUUCCCCCGUUCAAAAAAGAGCUCGAGUUGAACGAGAAGGCUGAGAUGGUUCACUGGUAUGACUAUGCUUUGUACAAAUUAUUUGGCAUCGAUAGGUGCGGCUAUUUCACGUUAAAAGCUGAGAAAAGAUGGUAUCAGCUUCACCCGUGGGCGCUCUUAGAUCAAGAUACAGAUGACUACAGUGUAGCCUUUGGCGUUGAUGACGACAGUCUCAGCGAGGCAGACGACAUGGAUCUCGAAGAAGAGGAGUUCGAAGAUUUCAUGCAACGGUCUGACUUAAGUUCCAUACUGUCGUUAGAUCGCUACUUAAGCUAG